AUGGCGGCCCGCGCCUCAAUCACCGCCGUGCUACUGGCCGUGCUGCUCGGCUAUGUGUACAACUCGUAUCUGCAGCGAGCCCUUGUUGUAAUGGGCGCCUUUCGACAAGCAGGAAGCACAGAGCUGGCGCCUGGAGACUUUGUAGUUAUUGAUGGCACGACACACUGCGAGGACCUGCAUUAUCACGAAUCCACCGGCCUCAUCUUCACUGCGUGUGAAGGUUUCCAAGGGGCCCGUCUGAAGUGGUUCCCUCCGAUCGACCACUUUUUUGAGCCAUCACACCCUGAGCUUGUCAAAGGGAAUCUCCAAAUAAUUGACCCAAAGACAUUAAAGGCACAGGUUCUGGAGCUUGAAGGCUUUAGCGGUCCAUUCGUGACUCAUGGCAUUGAUGUUAUUGAUGACCCGAACAAGUCAAAAGGCGAAGCGGUUUACAUCUUUGCUGUUAACCAUAGGCCCAAUCCUAAACACUAUGGCGAAAAUGGUGAUGCCAAUGCUCCGCAGUGUUAUUCAGUCAUAGAGCUAUUCCAUCACGUUGUUGGAUCAGGCAAGGCAAAGCACAUCAGGACAAUAUGGCAUCCACUCCUCACCACGCCAAACGACAUAUUUGCCAUGUCUCCAACGUCGUUUUUGGUAACCAAUGAUCACUAUUUCAGGACCGGAUUUCCGCGAAUGUUGGAGGACCUUAUGCCUGCGAUUGCACACACAAGUGUUAUUCAUGUCCAGCUCAAGGACUUGAAGCCGGUAAAGAAUGACGACGCAGGAGUUCAUGCGUCAGUUGCAUUAGACAAGCUGCACAAUUUGAACGGACUCGGGCACGGUCGAACUGAAGAUGAAGUCUUCGUCACCGGCUGUGCCAGCGGUGUCAUGCAUGUGGGCAAGAUCAGCGAAGGCAAGGAUGCCGAGAAGAUCAUCGGCGUCAGCAAAACCAUCGAAUUUAGCUUACCUGUCGACAACCCGACAUACUUCAAGGAUCCUUAUGCAAAUAAAACAUUUGAUGCAAGUGGAGUUGUUGCAUCUGGGCCCACUAGAGGCAUAGAUUGGUUCUCGAAUAAAGGCAAGGAGAAUGUGUUAGAUCCCAGCAUGGUGUGGAUGGCCUCGCCAAGGUCCAGCGGACAGAAAGGAGAAGGUGCUGCAAAGGGGGAAGACUGGGAUCUCAAAGUCAUCUUCCAGGAUGACGGGCAGAGAGUGCGAACCUCGAGCGCCUCUGUUUUGCUGGCCAUUGACCCCAAAGAGGAGCAAGGCAGACGACGCGCGUGGCUCUUUGUCUCGAGCUAUCAAUCCAACAACGCCAUUGCUGUCAAGAUCGAUCUAUGA